AUCGUCAAGACCCUGCGUGCCGGGUGCAAAGAUGGCUUCGGUGCUGUCGCCUGGUCUCCCGACUGCUCGCGCGUGGCCGCCGCUGGCGCGGACAACGACGCCCGGGUGUACCUGCUGUCUGCGAGCGAAUAUCGGCAAUGGGAGGCCCCGAGCUUGCUGAAGGGCCACUCGGAUGUCGUCCGGGCCGUAUCCUGGUCGCCCUGUGGUCGCAAAGUUCUGACCGGCGGGGAUGACAAGAAGGCCAUCAUCUGGAAGGCCUCGCGAUCAGAUCCCAAAGCUUGGGAGCAGUUCUCCGAGCUUGACCAGCACUCUGAUGCGGUGCGUGCUGUUGCGUGGUGCCCGAAUGCCGACAAGGCGACGAUAGCGACGGGGUCUGAAGACUCCACCAUCAUCAUUUGGCAGCCGGCGAAGGAGUCGGGGGGAGAUCGCCGGAAGUUUGAGGUGUGA